GAUUCAGGAAUCUGGCCAGCUGGUGACAGAAGCAAUGCUGCACUGACACACAACACCAGCAAUUACCAAGCGACGCAGGAAGGAAAAACUUACCAGAUUUUAACAAAGACUCCAAAAUGGCACAGUUCUCAGAGCUGGAGAAAGCCAUCAAUACACUGGUCUCCCAGUUCCACUCUGCUUCUGCUGACAAUGGUCCAACGCUGAAAACGGAAGAGUUCAAAGGUCUUUUGUCUUCCGAGCUACCCAACCUAGUCACGGGCAUCGGCUCAGAGCAGGGAUUGUCUGAGAUCCUACGGAAGAUGGGUGUUGCUGAUGGCGAGGGCAUCUCCUUCAAACACUUCUGGAACUUAAUCCAGUCGCUAGCCACCACACAGCAUAGUAUACUCGGUGGUCAGAAGGGCUCCAAAUGCAGCUGCAUUCUCCUGUGAAGGCCUGGCAUUUUAGCCCAUAACAUCAGAUAGGGGCAGCAACCUGUGAUUUACAUUUAGUUGUGUAACUGCAUGCACAUCACCAUCCUGCCAUAGCCAGAUGUUGGACAGAAUACAUAGCAUAGAACAAAGCAGAGUCCGCGCACUACAAACUUCUCCCAAGGUUUAUGAAUUUUUUUAAGGAAUACAUGUGACAUGUUGAAUGCUGUGGUCUUCAUUAGACAAGACCAGACCGGUUUAAUAAAAAGCAUGCAGCUCAGAAUGUCACAUUUUACAAUUUAGCUUUUCUGCAACCAGCCCAGCAGGCUGUUGCAACACUUUUUCAAUAAGCCACAGUUUACACAUUACUAAAUUUUUAAUGGUUGUACCAGUAGAAGCAAGUUACAAACUAAUGUUACAGCUUAAACCCCUCAUGAAUGCAUCUUUUUUAAUCUUUAUUCUUCAUGCAUAUUAAUGCCCCAGUAUGAGAGCAUCAUCGCAAAACUGAGUUGUGGCCAGAUCAUUCAAACUAUUCACCAAGUAAUAAAGCUUCAUUUUAAAUGCAUUUAAAACAAUUGUUUUGCUUCAUUUUGCUGUAAUGUCAGUUUACAUGUAAGAUCAAGGGAAAAUUGAGCGCAACUGUAGAUUAAUGCUACAAUACUCGGCUUACAGUAUUUGCUCAGUUUUAGCAGUAUCGAGUAACACAUUACUGUACACUGUGUUAAACCUUUCUUAGUAGUUUACUAUAUUUUACUAGACACUCAUCUACUCAAUUUGACUUAAUAUGUAUCAGAAAACAACAGUCGAGUUUUGAUGGUUUCUGAAUGUUUUACAUCAGACAUUGCAUAUAAGGCUACACUCACACUACAGAUGGACAUGGCCCAAAUCUGUUUGAAAAACAUGGACUCUGAUCUUUAUGAAUUCAAUUUGGCCACAUUUGUUUGUAAACCCAAAUCUAUACAUACCUGAUACAUGACAAUGUGAUCUGAGUCUGACCGGUCAUACAAGAAUUUAAGUUUUUUGUUGUUGUUGUUGUUGUUUGUUUGUUUAAUCUCACAUUCAAUGGCUGGUCUCCCUUGGUGCACCUCAGGAGGAGGAGGAGCACAGCAACUACAAAGUCACCUUCAUCAGUAGACAGAGUUUCAUCUGAAAAAUGAACAUUUGGAUUGCAAUCGCACUGGAUUUCAUGUUGUGUUGUCCUGCAGAUAUGAUGUCACAUGUCUCAUGGUAUAGGUCCAUUCAUACUGAUGUCAGAUUGGGUUAUAUUUUAAACAUGGUAUCAGUUCAGACAAAUAAACUGGAUUUGAGAAAAAAAAAAGAAAUUUAGCAUUCAGAACUGUAAUGUGAAUGUAGCCCAAGUGUCUGUCCAACAU